GUCUUGAUUUACUUUAUUUCCCAUUUAUCGCUAGCUUGUUUCAUUCAUUCGCUAUAGAUGCAAAAAAGAUUUUAAUUGUCCGAUUCAUGUGUUGUGCAUACCUAAGAUCCGCUGUGUAAACACACUCUGAUUGGACGUGCUACACGAGGCUCUAUAUAGUGGAUAUAAAUAUAAUAACGUACAAUAAUUAGUAAUUUUCUUGACCUUUUGAAUCCACUCUUAAUAUUUAUAUAUAUAUAUAUAUUUAUAUACUUUAUAUACUUUUACUUUUUUAUAUACUUUAUAUAUAUUUAUAAUAUAUUUAUAUACAAAGAGGUCACACGAAGGAACUAGGAUUGUUUACUUAGUAGAAAAUUUUAAUUAGGGGACUGGACUUCAAGACACAAAUCUACAUGGGUAACCUAACAAAGAGUCUGCUUAUUUCGAGAAAAAUCUGAAUCACGUGGCUGGACUAGAGGCAACCUUUUUUCUCGUGUACCGAGUUACUUAAAUAGAAAUCUGAUUUUGUAAGCUGGACUAAGAUUACACACCUAAACGAGCGACCUUUUUAGCUACACAGAACACAAAACACGAGAUUUCAUAGCCAGUGUAAAGUGAUUUAGUUGUACACAAUUAUAGGCACAUGGGUUUCAAAGCAAAAUGUAUUGUCUGCUUCAUUGUAUGGACACAAUUUAAGUAUCUAGCGGCUCAAUGUCCUGGCGGUUGGUUUGGCAGCAAGUGUCAGUAUAUGUGCCACUGUGACAAAAAUUCACAAUGCAAUAAGGAUGGUAGCUGUCCAACAAAAUGUAACACUGGUUGGUUUGGUGGAGGAUGCCAAUAUGAGGAUCUGAUGACUGUUAAUGGCACAAGUAUAACAACGUCUGCAGUAUCCAGUUCUACAUCAUGGCUGACAGACCGAAACGCUUCAACCUGUAACAAAGAUCCUAGGCUACACUCCAUCACAGUGGAGUGGGAUAUAACGUACCACUUCACUUGGUUAAGACUCACAGCUCAAAAUGCAUCGAUCUUUCCGUUGGAGUUGAAUUUUUCAACAGCAAGUGUGUCUUACAUCUGUAAAAGCCCACUUGUUGCCAUUGUUGACUCCACUACAGUAGACAUAAGUUGUGAUAUUAGAGAACCUGUUCGUCAAGUGACCCUCUCAGGAUAUAAUCUCUAUAAGAUCUGCUCAAUGUCUAUAAGUGGAGGACGAAAUAUGGCUUUGAAACAAAUGACAGAGCAGACAGGAACUUAUAGUGAUCAUAAAGGUUCUUAUCCAGCCUCUCUAGCUGUGGAUGGAAACAGCAACUCAAAUUUUUAUAAUUUGAGUUGUACUCAUACUUCAACGGUCAAAGCUGUGAAUCUAGCGACCUGGAAAUUAACGAUGGAAUUAGAACACAAAAUUAACAGGAUUACAUUAUAUAACAGAGGAGGAUAUGAAAAUUACAGACUAAAAAAUUUUAAACUGGAAACUCUAGACUCAAAAAAUAAUAUAUUGUGGACGCACAAUGAUCUUUCCAACGUCUCAGAUGUCUAUAGGAUCAAUACAAUGGAACAGCACUCAGUCAAGGCAAUAAGGAUUUCAGUCACAAACAUUGAUUAUUAUUCAAAGUGUCCUAUCCUUACAUUAUGUGAAGUCCUUGUUUUUGGGGACUGUGAUGCAGGUACAUGGGGGCCUGGAUGUGAGAGAACCUGCCCUAAAGAAUGUAAAAGUUUAUGUCAUCAAGAAACAGGGAAAUGCUACCAAUGCAUUGGAUAUCAGAAUCCUCCAUAUUGUAGUUUGGGCUGCCUUGAAGAGAAGUGGGGAUUCAACUGUUUAUCAAACUGCAGUGAUUCUUGUUUCAACCACUCAUGUAAUAGUAUAUCAGGCAUUUGUGAUAAUGGUUGUUAUGGAUUCAUGAAUCCACCUAGCUGUACCGAAGGCUGCCUUGAAGAGAAGUGGGGAUUCAACUGUUUAUCAAACUGCAGUGAUUCUUGUUUCAACCACUCAUGUAAUAGUAAAUCAGGCAUUUGUGAUAAUGGUUGUUAUGGAUUCAUGAAUCCACCUAGUUGUACCGAAGGCUGCCUUGAAGAGAAGUGGGGAUUCAACUGUUUAUCAAACUGCAGUGAUUCUUGUUUCAACCACUCAUGUAAUAGUAAAUCAGGCAUUUGUGAUAAUGGUUGUUAUGGAUUCAUGAAUCCACCUAGUUGUACCGAAGGCUGCCUUGAAGAGAAGUGGGGAUUCAACUGUUUAUCAAACUGCAGUGAUUCUUGUUUCAACCACUCAUGUAAUAGUAAAUCAGGCAUUUGUGAUAAUGGUUGUUAUGGAUUCAUGAAUCCACCUAGUUGUACCGAAGGCUGCCUUGAAGAGAAGUGGGGAUUCAACUGUUUAUCAAACUGCAGUGAUUCUUGUUUCAACCACUCAUGUAAUAGUAAAUCAGGCAUUUGUGAUAAUGGUUGUUAUGGAUUCAUGAAUCCACCUAGCUGUACCGAAGGGGCCUGCAUUUUUUCAGAUUUAGUUGGAAUGGCUAUAGGUUUUGCUAUUGGAGCCAUCAGUUUAGCUGUAGUAGAGAUAGCACUAUGCUUAAUAUUAAACAAGAGAAGAAAAUCUCCAAACAUUCUCAAUGACCCAGCAAAUAGGACUCAAGGGACUGCAAUGAAUCUUUACAUUAAUUCUCAUUUAAGUCCUCACUAGAAAACUGUCGAUCCCAAGAAUAAUUUUCAAAUUAUUACAAAAAGAAAAUGUAUUAGUAAUAUAUAAAAUGUCAGCAAUGGAAUCUUCUCUGGCUACAAUGAAAACGCUUGAUCAACACUUUGUGAAAGAACUGAAGCGAGAGAUCCGUAAAAUGACUGUCAUAGUAGACGAACAAAUAAAUCAAAGGGUCGACGUAGUGAAGGCCAACGAAGAAACAAAGACCCAACUCGUUCACUGUAAGCACACUAAUGUAGCUGAAGCAAAUAUGACGUCAUUUGUACCUGAAAGCUCUGAAAAAAUGAUUUCCCCCCCCCCCCCCCCAGUAUUUGAUGGUUUCGUAUCCUGGUUUGUGUACAGAAGCAUACUGACGCAGCAGCCUAAGUUAACAUACGGGACAGGGAGAAGAAAGCAGCUGCCCUUGUGUUAUCUCUAAGAGGAAAGUUCUCCAUAUUGCUCCAGCCAUUACCGAACCAACAUAGCUUCGCCGCACUCGUCUGAGCUGAACAUUUACAAAAAAAAAAAGUUAAUCGAGUGCAACUUAAGACCCGACAACAGCGCCUGAUGAAAAACUACAGGAGCUAGAGACAGGCAUCGAACGCCUCGCACUUUUGGCCUAUCCAAAGGCAGCACAAGAUUUUCUGUAAACCAUCAUCACAGACGCUUUCAUUGAUGCGCUUCGAGACCAUGAGUUGAAGAAAGCCAUCAGCGUUAGUGGUAAGCGCAAGGCCAGCGAAGCCAUUGUUUACGUACUCUCAUAUGUACUCUCAUAUGUACUCUCAUAUGUACUCUCAUAUGAAGCACCUAUAGACGCAUCUGGGAUGGCUAAUCAAUGCCGAAGGCUUGAAGUCUAAGAGGAAGAAUUCUCACAACCUGUCAGAAUGGUGACAGAGGCACUGGACGAAGGACGAGCAACGCAGAUACCAGAAAAUAAACUUAGGGACCCUAUUUGAUGUUGAAUUAGUGGUAACUUGAUUAUAUACAAAAAAAGAAGAAACAAGCACGCGCUGGCUUCAAGGGGCAGAAAUCGCCAACACUGAGAAUGAGAGCCACUUUAACCGAAACAAGCACGCGCUGGCUUCAAGGGGCAGAAAUCGCCAACACUGAGAAUGAGAGCCACUUUAACCGAAACAAGCACGCGCUGGCUUCAAGGGGCAGAAAUCGCCAACACUGAGAAUGAGAGCCACUUUAACCGAAACAAGCACGCGCUGGCUUCAAGGGGCUGAAAUCGCCAACACUGAGAAUGAGAGCCACUUUAACCGAAACAAGCACGCGCUGGCUUCAAGGGGCAGAAAUCGCCAACACUGAGAAUGAGAGCCACUUUAACCGAAACAAGCACGCGCUGGCUUCAAGGGGCAGAAAUCGCCAACACAGAGAAUGAGAGCCACUUUAACCGAAACAAGCACGCGCUGGCUUCAAGGGGCAGAAAUCGCCAACACAGAGAAUGAGUGCCACUUUAACUGAAACAAGCACGCGCUGGCUUCAAGGGGCAGAAAUCGCCAACACAGAGAAUGAGAGCCACUUUAACCGAAACAAGCACGCGCUGGCUUCAAGGGGCAGAAAUCGCCAACACUGAGAAUGAGAGCCACUUGAACCGAAACAAGCACGCGCUGGCUUCAAGGGGCAGAAAUUGCCAACACAGAGAAUGAGAGCCACUUUAACCGAAACAAGCACGCGCUGGCUUCAAGGGGCAGAAAUCGCCAACACUGAGAAUGAGAGCCACUUUAACCGAAACAAGCACGCGCUGGCUUCAAGGGGCAGAAAUCGCCAACACUGAGAAUGAGAGCCACUUUAACCGAAACAAGCACGCGCUGGCUUCAAGGGGCAGAAAUCGCCAACACAGAGAAUGAGAGCCACUUUAACCGAAACAAGCACUCGCUGGCUUCAAGGGGCAGAAAUCGCCAACACAGAGAAUGAGAGCCACUUUAACCGAAACAAGCACGCGCUGGCUUCAAGGGGCAGAAAUCGCCAACACAGAGAAUGAGAGCCACUUUAACCGAAACAAGCACGCGCUGGCUUCAAGGGGCAGAAAUCGCCAACACAGAGAAUGAGAGCCACUUUAACCGAAACAAGCACUCGCUGGCUUCAAGGGGCAGAAAUCGCCAACACAGAGAAUGAGAGCCACUUUAACCGAAACAAGCACGCGCUGGCUUCAAGGGGCAGAAAUCGCCAACACAGAGAAUGAGAGCCACUUUAACCGAAACAAGCACGCGCUGGCUUCAAGGGGCAGAAAUCGCCAACACAGAGAAUGAGAGCCACUUUAACCGAAACAAGCACGCGCUGGCUUCAAGGGGCAGAAAUCGCCAACACAGAGAAUGAGAGCCACUUUAACCGAAACAAGCACGCGCUGGCUUCAAGGGGCAGAAAUCGCCAACACUGAGAAUGAGAGCCACUUUAACCGAAACAAGCACGCGCUGGCUUCAAGGGGCAGAAAUCGCCAACACAGAGAAUGAGAGCCACUUUAACCGUCAUUCCGGCCACCGUGCUAGGGAAAAAUAAGUCUGAAAGCCAACGGAAAAAAUUGGAUAAGCUAUCACUUCCUCCUAGAUACUAUUGCUUCACGAUCCGGUCAAAUAAGGUGUCCAUUGCAAGACAAAGCCAGCAAUGGUCUACUCGUUAAAAACAGCCAGUAGAGAACUGAUGCCCAAAAAAAGGCUUGAUUGACAUGAUAGUUGAGCUUGGUAAUCAGUAAUUCCUUCUCGUUGCUAUCACUAACGACUGCAUAAUAGAGUUAGACUUCAUGCAUAUUUUAGCUUCUUUAGGCACUUUGCAAUGCGCGGACUUAGAAUUACCCUGGCUUGGUGAUGAUGAAAAUAAUAGCCGAGUAAAAAAAAAAAAAAAAAAAAAAGUUGUUAGAAUAUACGACCUCGCUUGCUAAGUCGAGAGAGGAUUAUUUGGAGAAUAAUGGAAUAUGGCUACCGCACGACGUGAACGGCGCUGGUAGAAAGCAUGGAAACGAACCACAACGGGUUAGCAGAAGGAAAGACACUAGCGUCAAUUGGGAAUACCAAAAGGUACCAGUUAGAGUUAUUAACCUCGACCUAGCAUUUAUUUAGUUACUUAUUUUUAUUUAUUUAAACAAUUAUGAUAAUAAUAAUCUCUAUUAUUCAUAAGGAAAUGUGUGUUACAAAAACUAGCAUUUAUUUGGAUACUUAUUUUUAUGUAAUUAAAUAAUUAUGAUAAUAAUAAUCUCUAUUAUUCAUAAGGAAAUGUGUGUUACAAAUAUACUUUUAAGAAGAUACUGUUAAGCGCUUCCGCGGUUUCAAGUAUUCAAAAUACAAACCAAGUUUAGCUUGAGGUAACACUGAACUCAAUACUGGAACAGUUAACACCUGCGAAAGGGGCAACAAUCGAUUAAGUAUUGGACUCUAUUGUUGAAUAACAAAGUACGUUAAAUACCAAUAAACCGAACCGUCGAAUUUCCUUUCUUAUAGCCUUCUAUCUCUAUAACAUCCUUAUCUUUACUUCAAUAGGAAAGGCGACUUGUCUUCAUCAAAUCCUAGAGCGUUCUUGUUUUUUAACCAACUUUACGUCAUCGUCGCUAAGUAAAACUUUCCCCUUAUUCCUAAUCGUAACUCCUCCCCAUCCCGAUAAAAAAAAAACUGUCAGUCAUUUUUUUAACUACCGUCUUAUUUUUACAUUGUGCAAGGGUCAAAAUGUAUGGGAAACACAUAAAAGACAGCACAAUUUGAGUCUUGAUUCUGGAUUCAUUUUCACGUCGAGUUCCAAAAUCGAGUUCAUAUGCACCCAUACUUCUCUCAGGUGCUACUAGGUGGUACUGUCCAUUGUGUUGUCUCGCAGGGGAUCGCAGACAUAGUUCGUGUAUGUUUACACCAUAAGUGUGUCUAGCUACCUCAUCGAAUUCUGUUCCAGAGGUUCUGUUUUUCCUCACACGUCAGCACAGACAUUUUACCUAGUAUGACAAAUACUCGUUCUCUUACUAUGCACCUAACGUUCUUUCGGGACUUUAACAAGUGAAUUUAAUUUUUCUCUCUCCGCUUACUUGUCCGAAAGCGAUCUAACAUUUUACUGAUGUAUGAUCAUGAUCACCUAACAAUAAUAGAAAUGAUAAAGCUUACGCUUUCCGUGGUGUUAAAACAUUACCACCUUAUUAAUGCCCCUACUAGUAUCCAAUUACAUACAUUUACAGCAAAAUAACUAUGGCUCCCAAAAUAAGCAAACUACAAACAUUAACUGCAUUCGCAACUGCAUGCAAAUUUCACUAUCUGAAAGUAACAAGAGCCAGCAUGGUACUCGUCUAGAAAUAAACAUUAGAGAAGUCAGUUAGUAACGAAUAAAAUAAUUGAAAUAACAUUUAUUUACAACUUGUAUACACACUAAGGUCGUGUAAUGUUAUGCUUUACUCGCUAUCAUGCAUUUGAUCUCUCCAACUGGAGUUUACAUCUUGCACUACUUCUACUUUCACAUGACCUUCUACCUAUGUAUCACUUGCGAUUACCACUACCGCAAUAAUCUCUUCUACCAUUACUAUUGGAUAUAGGCCUGCGUCUCCUAUCCGAAUUGAGUCUGUUCUGUCCUAUUCCAACAGUCUCAAACGAUGUGCCCAUUUUUAUAGCAGUUUAUUCAAAUUAUGCCUUUUUUUGCUUCUUAUUCCUAUACCUAUAUCUCCACCUUCUAGCCUGCUCUGACAUCUUCUACAUUCCCAAGUAAAACAUCUUUAGAUAACCUCGGGAUGGCUACCCCUUCACAAUACCCUGCGUUCAACGGAGAUCUAAGGAAAGCUUCGAACCUCUUAACUUUGUCGUGUGCCAAACUUACUGAUUUGGUAUAGCCCAGAUAAUCUUUAUCUCUAACUAAUCUUCAUUUAACUAGCAGUGUACUAGAUGUGUCCCGAAUCACAUUCACCUGUUUAUUACUUAAAAUACCCGGGUAGAGUUGACAUUCAUUUUUCCUCACUGUAGACUUCAUUAAUUUCUUCAUCUGGUUCACUAUCCACAUUAUCUCGAUCCCUGUCUUGGAUGCUCCUUACAAGAUUAACCCUCUCAGGUGGCAGAUUAUCCAUUUCUUGUCUACAAUUACCUUCCCUGUUACUAGUGUUACUGAUGCCCUGUGUAUUCUUAUUUCCUGACCUUAUGCCUCUUAUGUUUUCUACACUGGUAUGCUAUGUGUCCCUUAUAGUUAAAACAUGUCACAUCCUUAUCUUUCACCAGCUUUCGGUCUAUCUAUUCUCCUAACCAACCUUUCCCUGUCAUUGAUUUCAUUUGCCAGGUAUGCCAUUAUAACUGUCCCAACCAUUGUUCCCACGUUCCAUGGACCUAUCAUUUCUCCUAUCAUUAGUGUCCCUAUCUUUAACUACAUUCCCUUUGACAUGCCCUUCCAGGUCAAUGACUUUUUUAUGGUCCCUAACUGAAAGUGGGUUGUUUGGGUAAGCAUUCCUAAUGAUAUCUACAACCUUCUCAAUUACCUUAGAGUUUAUUUCUUUUAUAAAGGACUGCAGAUGACUGUCACAUUUGUUAAUGAAAUUUUCGAUCAGGAUGAAGUUCUCCAAACCCUCGUAGGUGUUCUCCACAUUCCGAGCCAUUUAGUGAAAAAAUCCUUUUCAAAAUCGAAGGUCGUUUGUGGAUCUACCUUGCUAGAUAAAGUAUUUUCGUAAUAUUACUUUGGAAAUGUUGCAGCGUUUUGCCCGUACGCAUUUAGCAGUUCCUUUUUCAACACUAGAUAACUAUUCUGCAUCGAGUGGUCGUGGUUUUGGAAAAUCGUGAGGGCUUGCCAAUGUACGAAGUCCAUGCACGAAGUCCUACAAAAUUUCGGACCACUCCUUCUCUCGGACAUUAAACCUUGCUAACUUGAUCUCAAAACGUUUCAGAUAGUCGACGAGGUCGUCUAUGUCUUCUCCAAGCUCUCUGCUUCUCCGCUUCUCUCCUUCUCCAAGCGCUCUGCUUCUCUGUUUCUCUCCUUCUCCAAGCGCUCUGCUUCUCUGUUUCUCUCCUUCUCCAAGCUCUCUGCUUCUCCGCUUCUCUCCUUCUCCAAGCUCUCUGCUUCUCCGCUUCUCUCCUUCUCCAAGCGCUCUGCUUCUCCGCUUCUCUCCUUCUCCAAGCUCUCUGCUUCUCCGCUUCUCUCCUUCUCCAAGCGCUCUGCUUCUCUGUUUCUCUCCUUCUCCAAGCGCUCUGCUUCUCUGUUUCUCUCCUUCUCCAAGCUCUCUGCUUCUCCGCUUCUCUCCUUCUCCAAGCUCUCUGCUUCUCCGCUUCUCUCCUUCUCCAAGCGCUCUGCUUCUCUGUUUCUCUCCUUCUCCAAGCUCUCUGCUUCUCUGCUUCUCUCCUUCUCCAAGCGCUCUCCUUCUCCAAGCUCUCUGUCACAAACCGCUGUGAGCCCACAACCGUUUGUGUGUGUAGCAGAACAACCGCAGUCCACUACCAUGGCCUUAGUAAUUGUGGAAAGUUUUAAGUUUGUUUACUGUUAUUUAUAUUGGAGAUCUAAUGCAAUUAUUUAUGGUAUUUAAUAUAUUUUAAUUUGUUGAAUUAGAUUUAUUUUAUUAUUGGAAGGGGAAAUAAGUAUUUUUUUUGUGCUUUAAUGUUUAUUGUGUUGUCACGUGACCAGUGGACCAUUUGGGGAAAGGGGCAGUUGGCGCGGCCUACGUCAUCACUUGUCAGAUACCGAUGAUGCAUGUAGACGUAACCACUGAGGUUAUGCCUCACUGAUGAUGCAAGGGGGCGUAACCACUGUGUUGCGGUGUAGUCCACGUGGGAGGGUUUUUGUGCUCGAAACGAACGCAAAGUUGGCGUGGGUUUUGUAGAGCGGACUGUCGUAUUUCCCGCUUCUGCUUGUCUUCUUAAUAUUGUACGAGAAACUUAUAGUGAAAUCUAACGUUCAUAGUCAUUAGAGAUCUUAGUUUAGUAGUUGAUGUAGCUGUAUGUAAUCGUUUUAUUUGGAAGAUUCUUUAUUGUUUUGUAAAUAAAGUUACAGUUUAAAGUUAUAGUUUCUAACUAUAUUCCGGUGUUUAGUUUUAUAUCUUAAUUAUAUAGCCAAACACCAAAAUCGCGACAGGGCUAAAGCCACCAAAGUUCCAGCGUCAACAGUUGGGCCUCCAGAAUCACCCUAGACUACGACCAGUUAACGCAGGCACCAGCACACUGCUAGGGUCUUGUGACAACUAAAGUGGACGGCUCGUCCGGGAUUGAUCAACUGCUGUACGUUUGGAACUGUUGCUGAUUUUUUUUUUCGGAUACUUUAGCCACAAUCGUCGCUGGGGGCAGAGCCAUUAUACUAGAAUCCAGUGGAACCAGUCAAAUGUAACUGACUUGAUAGUCUACCAUUCAACUACAGUCUAGCCUACAUUGCCAGAGUCUGAGUCUAACUCUACACCCGUAAGGUCUAGGACUUUACUUGAGACCUCGAGCCUAGAAACCACUACAGUAUAGUCUACAUCGCCAGAGUUUAAGUCUAAGUCUACACCCGUAAGGUCUAGGACUUUACUAUAGACCUCAAGCCGAGAAACCACUACAGUCUAGCCUACAUCGCCAGAGUCUAAGUCUAAGUCUACACCCUUAAUGUCUACGACUUUACUUGAGACCUCGAGCCGAGAAACCACUACAGUCUAGUCUACAUCUCCAGAGCCUGAGUCAAAGUCUACACCCGUAAGGUCUAGGAUUUUACUUGAGACCUCGAGCCGAGAAACCACUACAGUCUAACCUACAUCGCCAGAGUCUGAGUCUAUGUCUACACCCGUAAGGUCUAGGACUUUACUUGAGACCUCGAGCUGAGAAACCACUACAGUCUAGCCUACAUCGCCAGAGUUUGAGUCUAUGUCUACACCCGUAAGGUCUAGGACUUUACUUGAGACCUCGAGCCUAGAAACCACUACAGUCUAGCCUACAUCGCCAGAGUCUGAGUCUAUGUCUACACCCGUAAGGUCUAGGACUUUACUUGAGACCUCGAGCCUAGAAACCACUACAGUCUAGCCUACAUCGCCAGUGUCUGAGUCUAUGUCUACACCAGUAAGGUCUAGGACUUUACUUGAGACCUCGAGCCGAGAAACCACUACAGUCUAGUCUACAUCGCCAGAGUCUGAGUCUAACUCUUCACCCGUAAGGUCUAGGACUUUACUUGAGACCUCGAGCCGAGAAACCACUACAGUCUAGUCUACAUCGCCAGAGUCUAAGUUUAACUCUACACCCGUAAGGUCUAGGACUUUACUGAAGAUCUCGAACCGAGAAACCACUACAGUCUAGUCUACAUCUCCUGAGUCUAAAUCUAAGUCUACACCCGUAAGGUCUAGGACUUUACUAGAGACCUCGAGCCGAGAAACCACUACAGUCUAGUCUACAUCUCCUGAGUCUAAAUCUAAGUCUACACCCGUAAGGUCUAGGACUUUACUAGAGACCUCGAGCCGAGAAACCACUACAGUUUAGCCUACAUCGCCAGAGUCUGAGUCUAUGUCUACACCCGUAAGGUCUAGGACUUUACUUGAGACCUCGAGCCUAGAAACCACUACAGUCUAGCCUACAUCGCCAGUGUCUGAGUCUAUGUCUACACCAGUAAGGUCUAGGACUUUACUUGAGACCUCGAGCCGAGAAACCACUACAGUCUAGUCUACAUCGCCAGAGUCUGAGUCUAACUCUUCACCCGUAAGGUCUAGGACUUUACUUGAGACCUCGAGCCGAGAAACCACUACAGUCUAGUCUACAUCGCCAGAGUCUAAGUUUAACUCUACACCCGUAAGGUCUAGGACUUUACUGGAGAUCUCGAACCGAGAAACCACUACAGUCUAGUCUACAUCUCCUGAGUCUAAGUCUAAGUCUACACCCGUAAGGUCUAGGACUUUACUAGAGACCUCGAGCCGAGAAACCACUACAGUCUAGUCUACAUCUCCUGAGUCUAAAUCUAAGUCUACACCCGUAAGGUCUAGGACUUUACUAGAGACCUCGAGCCGAGAAACCACUACAGUCUAGCAUACAUCGCCAGAGUCUGAGUCUAUGUCUACACCCGUAAGGUCUAGGACUUUACUUGAGACCUCGAGCCUAGAAACCACUACAGUCUAGCCUACAUCGCCAGUGUCUGAGUCUAUGUCUACACCAGUAAGGUCUAGGACUUUACUUGAGACCUCGAGCCGAGAAACCACUACAGUCUAGUCUACAUCGCCAGAGUCUGAGUCUAACUCUUCACCCGUAAGGUCUAGGACUUUACUUGAGACCUCGAGCCGAGAAACCACUACAGUCUAGUCUACAUCGCCAGAGUCUAAGUUUAACUCUACACCCGUAAGGUCUAGGACUUUACUGGAGAUCUCGAACCGAGAAACCACUACAGUCUAGUCUACAUCUCCUGAGUCUAAGUCUAAGUCUACACCCGUAAGGUCUAGGACUUUACUAGAGACCUCGAGCCGAGAAACCACUACAGUCUAGUCUACAUCUCCUGAGUCUAAAUCUAAGUCUACACCCGUAAGGUCUAGGACUUUACUGUACUAGAAUCGAGUCCAGAUUGUGCUGCCGAUACUGCUGAUGUGUUGUUGUGAAUCGAAUAGACAUAAUUUACUUACAGUGGUGGUGACAUUGACUUUAAGUUAAUUUUAUGCCACUGUAUUUCAUUUUUUUAAAUACCAAAUCAAAUUAAUCAAAAAUUUCAAAAACAAGUUUCGUCGACGGAUCAGCGCAAGAGACUGGAUCUUCAGCUGCUGUGUUUUUUUUUAACUAAAAUUCCAUGCUGUAAGGUAGGCUGACUUUUUGCACUAUAUAUUUUUUAUUAUUCAGUGGUUACCUUAUUGUCGCCAUACUGUCCUUGCUAGUGGGAGUCUAGUGUAAUCUAUAGUUUACAUUAUUUAUUUUAAGGCAUCCACUAUAUGAUUGUGUAGUUGGAAACAUACCUGGCGCUGCCGAUCCGUUUCAACCUAAUCCUAAUUGGAGGGAUGCCGCUAAGGUAACGUUUGAGGAGAGUGAGGCCAGUAGUGCCAAGAUCUCGUUCUCUGCAGAGGUGAAUGGGGUGAUCCCCCCCCCCAUGCUCGCCUAAUUUAUGUGACGUACAAUCUGAAGAGAAUGCGGCCAAGAGUGCCAACGUCUCUUCUUCUGCUGAGGUGGCUAGGGUGAUGUGCCCAAGCUCACCUAAUGUAGUUGAUACAUUGGAAAGGAGUGAGGCCAGGGGGGGCCAAUAUUUCACACUUUACAGAGGGAUCUGGGGUGGAUUCCCCAAGCUCGCCCGUUGAAAUUGGUCCAAAACUACUCCAUGGGAACUUGCUUAAGUUCUAUACUGAUAGAGAGAAAGUAGGAGAAAGCCAGGGCAGCCCAAGCCCUGGACCCCAACAUUCAGGGGAACAUGAUGUUUCUGUUGGGGCCGUUGUCCUAUAGAAUAGGCUAGCAGGACAAUAUGAUUGACAAUGCCACUGUAUGAACCUAAUGUGCACAAGUCAGUCAACCUACAUUUACAUUAUUGUAUUCACCUAACUUCAUUUCUAUUAUUUUAUUAUCAUUUGUUUUAUUUCAGCUUAAGUAGCUCUGAUUCACAUGUCAUUUUUAUUUGUGUAUGCAGUCUGUCGUGCUUAUUGUCAUAACUUUUCAGAGUUGUAUUAGAUUAAGUAUCUUAAUUUUCAUUUUCGAAUAUCUACAUAUCUAGUUUAGUUCUAUACACUAUACUCAUGUAUGUUAAAACUGCUUGUAUUUAUACCUAUUAUUUACUUGUUACAAAGAGACUACAUAUUCAGAUACUCCGGGUAUCGAAAUGAAUACCAGAUGUCUUACUACUAUGUAUCUAUUUGUUUCUUCUGUACAUAGCUGAGUAUUUAUAUACUAUUCAGUCCACUGUAUCCAUUGGGUUCGUUUAACUGAAUUACUGCGGUACUUCUUUGUUCACUUGUGUGUGUGUGUGUGUGUGUGACCUCAAUGGAUGAUUAGAGUACAUUGUAUUACUUUGUAGCAAUUUUUUUUUAAUUUUUACUUUUUCUGCCAAUGGGUAGACGAAUGUAUACCUAAGAAGUCUUUUUCCCAAUUCUUUUUUAGUUGUAGAGGGGUUAAGAAAGAAAUUUUUUUUUCUUUAUCAUUGCCAACAGUAACCAGAAUGACAAUAUUGAUCGUGUUGUUCUGCUUGAGGGGGGGGUGGGGGGGGGUGGGGGGGUGUCACAAACCGCUGUGAGCCCACAACCGUUUGUGUGUGUAGCAGAACAACCGCAGUCCACUACCAUGGCCUUAGUUAUUGUGGAAAGUUUUUAGUUUGUUUACUGUUAUUUAUAUUGGAGAUCUAAUGCAAUUGUUUAUGGUAUUUAAUAUAUUUUAAUUAGUUGAAUUAGAUUUAUUUUAUUAGUGGAAGGGGAAAUAAGUAUUUUUUUUUUUUUUUUUUUUGUGCUUUAGUGUUUAUUUUGUUGUCACGUGACCAGGGGACCGUUUGGGGAAAGGGGCAGUUGGCGCGGCCUACGUCAUCACUUGUCAGAUACCGAUGAUGCAUGUAGACGUAACCACUGAGGUUAUGCCUCACUGAUGAUGCAAGGGGGCGUAACCACUGUGUUGCGGUGUAGUCCACGUGGGAGGGUUUUUGUGCUCGAAACGAACGCAAAGUUGGCGUGGGUUUUGUAGAGCGGACAAUCGUAUUUCCCGCUUCUGCUUGUCUUCUUAAUAUUGUACGAGAAACUUAUAGUGAAAUCUAAUGUUUAGUAGUUGAUGUAUCUGUAUGUAAACGUUUUAUUUGGAAGAUUCUAUAUUGUGUGUAAAUAAAGUUACAGUUUAAAGUUAUAGUUUCUAACUAUAUUCCGGUGUUUAGUUUUAUAUCUUAAUUAUAUAGCCAAACACCAAAAUCGCGACAGGGCUAAAGCCACAAAAGUUCCAGCGUCAACAGUCGGGCCUCCAGAAUCACCCUAGACCACGACCAGUUAAAGCAGGCGCCAGCACACUGCUAGGGUCUUGUGACACGCUCUGCUUCUCUGUUUCUCUCCUUCUCCAAGCUCUCUGCUUUUCUGCUUCUCUCCUUCUCCAAGCGCUCUGCUUCUGCCGACACCUUCUGCUGUACAUAGGCAGUUAGUUCUUUGCCACGCAGUUCUAGUUCUGUCUUGGCUUCAUGAAUUCGCUUUUUUCUAAACUCUUCUAGGUCGUAACCUGAAAUGAAGCAGCUGCCAUUAUAGUUUUAUGUUAAUUUCCUUACUUAUUAACUAAAUUAUGGUAUCUCCUGUACUAACGAAUAAAAGCCUUACUUCACUUUGUUCUAUAACUAGAACUUUUGAACUAAACCUGGCUCCCAAUCUUCCCAAUAUCUGCCAAUUUAAUCUUCUUAACUUUAACAAUCUAGACCCUUAGCGUCUAGACUACCUACUUCUGUUUACCCCAAUGCCUGCUUUCUAAAAUACACUUUUUUUUUUUUUGGUACACUCUGAACCGACUGAAUUACGCUGUGCGACACACGCACACUUAAAGGACUACGUGUUACUCAACAAGAGCCACUGGCAACCUAUUUACAAACAACAAAAUUACGAAUGUGCAAUCAGGCUUCACCUCGAAUGUAGGGCCUACUUCAGAUCUAGUCUAUAUAAAGCUAGAUCUAUACCUACUGUUUUCACAGCCAGAAAUGUAUAUAACAAAAUUAUGAAAAUAAAUAAACUUAGAUAAGAUAAACACCAAAAUAUAGCUCUAGUUCUAAUGAAUGAGAUAUUCGUCUGACAGUGAGACUUAAGACGGGAGUAUUGCAAACAAUUAAUAUGCGACGUUACUAAAAACAAUGCUUAGACAAAUAUGUCAUGUACAGGUCAGAUUAACAGCUAAACGUAUAUACGGACCCGUUGCUAGAUUACACCUAUUUUUAAGGAUAUCCUAAAUACAACACGAUUUAAACUGAGUAAUAAUCUAGCAAGUUGUCACUUUCCUAUAGACUCUAAUUAAUCUACGGAGAGAGAACUUAAAUAACAUUUGUAUGUAUUGAAAACGGCGAUUACCUUCCCCAAUAAGUUUCGGGUCCACUAUUCCAACGUUAAAGCCUGUCCCUACGGCAAGGGUCACGGCGAUGAAUUCACUAACGCUCUGGUAAAGCAACGAACGUUUCGGCUCCCCAAGCUUCUUCGGUACUGAUCUGCAACGGCUCCGGUUCUUUGUUAAUGCGUCAUCUGGUUCUAGUUCUCUGUAAUCAGGGCGUCUGGCUCAGGUUCUUCAAUGGUGUAGCGUCAUGUUCCGGUUGCUGGUUUCGACGCAGGUACAUUGGUUCCAGGCACUCGUCUGUGCAAAAUGAAACUAGAACGGACCAACAGCAGAUACAGCGAAAAUGUCAUAGUGGUAGAAUAACGGUUAUCUGGCUAUCUAGCGUGUAGCACAGAUUCAGCCGAGCCUUAAAGCUGUAUAGCACUACUGUUCUUUAAGUGUCGUAGGUAGUAGGAUGGCUCCUACGUAAAAGUUCUUGACCUCAACGAUCGAUCUUGGCCUUGCAGAGGUAACCUUCAACAUUCGUUCUCAAGAUGACAGGCAGGCGAUACCUCUUCUGGACGGCUUCGACAGGACGGUUUUGUUCCCUUUUGAAGACAAAACUGUAUUUUCCAAUACGAAGCCCCAACGUAUGGGCCUUUUAUAAAAGUCUAUCUCGUUACCUCAAAGAUAUACGAGUCCAAAGCUCACUGGCUUUACUAGAUGCUAACUAGGCCGAUGAGUUAAAAUUUUGCCUUCUCCUAACAGAGUGCUUCUAAAACUUCUAGAUGAUGAUGCUAGUAAGCUCAGGCGUUGUCGCCAGUUGUUAAGCGCUUCCGCUUUGUCAAGUAUUCGAAAUACAACCAGAUACAACUGGAGGGAACACUUAACUCAAUACUGGAACAGAUAACAUUGGCGAAAUGGCCAACAAUCGUUAAAAGUAUCCGACUCUGGGGUUAAAAAACUUUGUUUAAUACCAGUAAAGGGAACAGUCGAAUGUCCUUUACUUAUAGCCGUCUAUAACAUCCUUAUCUUUACUCUAAUAGGAAAAGCGUCUUUUCUUCAUCAAAUGCUAGAGCGUUCUUAUUUUUUAACAAACUUUACGUCAUCGUCGCUAAGUAAAACUUUACACUAUUCCCGAAACAAAUAACUAAUUCCUAAUCGUGUUAUAAAAAUACUUUACAUAAAUAAUUUAUGAAUUUAAAAAAAACAAAAAAAACUUCAUGCUUUGUUUCUAAUUCAUCCAACCAUAUCACCGUUGGGAGGACAUCCAAAGAUAAUAAUAUUGAUGACAGUUAAAGUGUUAUAAAUACAUGUUUAGAAGAGUUCAUCAAAUCAGCUUAUUGGAGUUUUGAGAUUAAAGAAGAAAUUAUAAAAUAGUAUUGUGCUAAAUGGUUUUGUAGAUCUUUAUGUCUUAAAUACUAAGUUGAUCUAUGAAUACAAUGCCUUUCGUACUUUAUUAGUUCGCAUUACACUUAGAGAUGUUUUUUUCUAAAUAAAUAAUUGUCAUUCAAUAUUUUUUAAUACCUUUAUUACAUGUAUAUCUUUAAAAAUAUAUUAAAAAGUUGUAGUCAUUGCUGUAUUUAUUUCAUACUCAUAUUUUUGUAUAUUUUGAUGUUUUUGUAAACUAAUCCAUGUUGAUUUAUAUGCAUGUCAGAAUGUAAAUAUAUUAGGUAUUAGUUU